AACCCAAGCUCCCAACCCUUCUUCGACGUCCUUGCUGCCGCUCUCGUGAGUAGCGGCGUAUUCAGUUUUCUUCGUGGACGAAGAAGCACCCGACAUUCCGUUGGACGCCAUUUACCGUCGUGAGUUCUCGUGCAAGCAACUACGAAGGUUCGAACCCUAGGGCUUUUUCUACUCCCAAAAUCCGGACAUUUUUCAAGAUCAUCAACUUCUCUCACCACCAUGUUACAGCCAUCAGGCAUGGCAGAAGAGGCUGGUAUGUUUACGGUUCAUCAGACCAUUGGUAGUGUUUUGUGUUGCAAAUGUGGAAUUCCCAUGCAACCAAAUGCUGCCAAUAUGUGUGUGAAGUGUUUGCGUUCAGAAGUUGAUAUCACUGAAGGAUUACUGAAGCAUCUAAUCCUAGUACAUUGCCCUGAGUGUGAUAGCUACCUUCAGCCACCAAGAACUUGGAUCAAAGCACAAUUAGAAUCAAAGGAGCUGCUUACAUUCUGUUUGAAUAAGCUGAAACGAAACUUCAAUACAAAUAAAGUAAGAUUAAAGCAUGCUGAAUUUAUAUGGACUGAGCCCCACUCCAAGAGGAUAAAAGUCAAGGUCGUAGUUCAGAAAGAGGUUCUGAAUGGGGCAAUUCUUGAACAGUCUUAUCCUAUUGAGUACGUGCAGCAAGAACAUAUGUGUGAAUCUUGUUCUAGGAUUCAGGCUAACCCUGAUCAAUGGGUUGCUGCUGUCCAACUUAGACAACAUGUUACUCAUAGGCGAACUUUCUUUUAUUUGGAACAACUGAUUUUGAGGCAUGGUGCAGCUGCUAGUGCUAUUAGAAUAAAGCAGAUGGAUCAAGGUAUUGACUUCUUUUUCUCUAAUCGAAGUCAUGGUGUGAAAUUUGUAGAAUUUAUAGGAAAAGUUGCUCCAGUAAGGAGUCGUCAUGACAAGCAGCUUGUUUCUCAUGAUCCUAAAAGUAAUAACUACAAUUAUAAGUAUACUUUUUCGGUUGAAAUUUCCCCCAUCUGCCGUGAGGAUUUAAUCUGUUUGCCUCCCAAAGUUGCGGUUAGUUUGGGAAACCUUGGCCCUCUUGUAAUAUGUACAAAAGUCACCAAUAGCAUUGCUUUGCUUGAUCCUUUCACGCUGAGGCACUGUUUCUUGGAUGCUGAUCAAUACUGGAGGACAUCAUUCAAGUCAUUACUUACCAGCAGGCAGCUAGUGGAAUAUAUUGUGCUAGAUGUGGAGCCUGUCUCUUCUGAAGUUGUUGUUGGUGGUACGAAAUAUGUUUUAGCAGAUGCACAAGUGGCUCGUGUAUCAGAUUUUGGGAAGAAUGACACACUAUUUUCGAUCAGGACACAUCUAGGUCAUCUUUUAAAUCCUGGAGAUCACGCUCUUGGUUAUGAUUUAUAUGCAGCCAAUAAUAAUGACAUUGAAUUGGACAAGUACAGAGGACUCGUGCUCCCUGAAGCCAUUUUAGUGAAGAAAAGCUAUGAAGAGAAGCGCCUUAGGAAGCGUGGGAAGUCUCGUGCAUGGAAGCUUAAAUCCCUUGACAUGGAAGUUGAUGAUAAGGGUAAAGCUGACGACGAGAAGAUUAACUCUGAGUACGAACAAUUCCUGCGCGAUCUGGAAGAAAAUCCUGAUCUGAGGUUCAACAUAUCGUUGUAUCGGAAUAGGGAAUAUCAGCCAUCUGAGAUGGCUUCAGUGACUGAUGGUGAAGAUCUACCUUCUGUUCCAUUGGAGGAGUUGAUGGCUGAUCUUGAUCUGAGUGAGGAGGAAGAUGAGGAGGAUAGCAUGAGGGAGUGAACAGAAGGUUUUAUUUUGAUUUGGACUUUUACGAAGUUUUGGGUCCUAUGUGUUUAUUCAGAGUUGUUUCAUUUUUGUUUUAAUUUUUGUUUGCUGUUUACGGAUAAGACAGUAAUUUAAUAUGAAGGAGAAAGUAACCGCAAUCCCUUAUUGAUUGGGCAUUUCUCUUCGAUUU